CACACACACGAACAGGAAACAAACACAAUAAAAGGAAGAAGAGACAUAAUUAAAGAAGAAGAAGAGAGGUGGAAGAGAGAAGAAGAGAAGGAGGUGGAGGAGGAGGAGGAGGAGGAGCCACUGGAUAAGAGGAAGAUGAAGGAAGAGGAAGGAAGAAACGAACUAACGGAGGAGGAGAAGAGGAAGAUGGAAGAGGAGAAGAAGAAGAAGAAGGAGGAGGAGGAGAAGAAGAUAAUGGAGAAAAAAGAGAAAAAGGAGGAAACGAAAAAUGGAGGAGAAGGAGGAAAAAAAAUAAUUCGGAGAGACUUUUGGGUCGACGAGAUGGAGGUAUAUUCUCCCUCCAAUAUUAACAUGGAGGAGAUGGAGGAAGAGAUGAGGAGGAGGAAGAGGAGGAUGGAGGAAAGAUGUCGAGAGAUUAUGAAGGAGGAGGAGAGAAAGAGGGAGAUAAACAGCAAAGAAUUCCUUAUAAGUAAAAAGUACAAACUCGUAUGGUGCAACAUCUUCAAAUCGGCUUCUUCAACCUGGAUGUACAACUACCUUCGCAUGGGCGGGAAAUCACCUCACGAACUUCAGAACCUCAAAACUUCCCCCGUGGAGGCCGCCAGACAGCUCUACUCCCGGCCAUCCCCAGAGGAACUCCUAAGCUACCUGGGGAGCGGCGGGGAAGGCGUUGGGGAGGCUGGGGAAGGCGUGGGGACUGGGGAAGGCUACCUGAGUUUCAUCAUUGUGCGAGAACCGUUCCAAAGGUUGCUGUCGGCGUAUCGUGAUAAGAUUGAGCGAGUGAUCCCGUAUUAUAGUUCACUCCGCUGCAAAAUGACCCACGAACACAGAGGAGGGAAAGGAAACACCCUAUUUCAACACCUCCUCCAUUCCCCCUCCUCCCCAACCUGUCACCCCACCUUUCCCCAGUUCGUUGACUACAUACUGGAGGAGGAGGAGAAGGGGGGGGAGCAGAAUGAGCACUGGGCCCCCUACUAUAAAUUCUGCUCCCCUUGCGCGGCCCACUUCGACCUGGUGUUACGAUUUGAAAGCCUGCAGAGGGAUGAGGCUUACUUGUUGAAGAAGGUACAGGGGUUAUCAGAGGUGGUGUCCCCUAAGGUAAUGCACAGCUCCCAUGCAAACUAUACUUCAAUUGUGGCAAGUUACUAUGGGCAACUCUCACCUGGGCAGCUUCUGGGCCUCGUCAAAAUGUACCUGCCCGACUUCUGGCUCUUCGGGUACUCGGAAAGGCCUUAUUUGGACCUGGUGGUGUGAUGGUGGUGGUGAUGAUGGUGGUGAUAGUGGUGAUGGUGGUGAUGGUGUCGGGCUUCUAUUGUAACUUAGGUUUUUGUUAACUUAAAUUUGUUUUCGUCAACUUUUAUAAAUACUUAGACUAAUUUUGACAUACGUUUACUACUACUACUACUACUACUACUACUACUACUUCUACUACUACUAUUCCUACUACUCCUACUACUACUAUUACUACUAACGGCAUACGUAUAAUAAUAAUAAUAAUAAUAA